AUGAAGUCCUCUCUACUGUCAGUGGCAGUCCUUGGCCUGGUGGUCAUUGCCGCCCAGUCCGCCUCCGUGCCGAAGGUGUCGCUGUACUACGAGUCGCUGUGCCCCUUCUGCCACGCCUUCUUCCUCCAGCAGCUGGCGCCCACCUACGAGGCGCUGAAGGGCCACAUCGAGGUGGAGCUGGUGCCCUUUGGCAAUGUGCGCGUGACCGAGGGCGCCGGCGGCCACCGAGAGUACCACUGCCAGCACGGAGAGGCAGAGUGCUACGGCAAUCGGGUGCACUCAUGCGGGCUGGCGCUGAUCACCGAUAAGGAUGAGGCUUUCAAAUUCAUCAAGUGCAACUUUGCGGCGCCCAACUUCCACGACACGCACCACGUCGGCGAGCACUGUGCCAAGGAGAUGCACCUCGACUGGGCGAAGCUGAAGGCCUGCGUCGACGGCCACCAGGGCGACCAGCUGAUCGAGGCCAACUGGAAGAAGACGGCGGCGCUGACGCCGCGCAAGACCGGCGUGCCGUGGGUGUUGGUGGAUAACCAGCACACUGAUGUCAUUCAGCACGAAGCUCGAAACCACCUGCAGGUCUUCCUCUGCACCAAGUACCUCAAGGGCGUCAACAUUGCCGCCUGCCAUCACUAG